CACACUGGAGCUAUUUACCCCUGCACACAGACUUAUCUCUGUCCUAAGACGACCAUGUGACCUACCAGCCCUCUGUCUGUAUUGCUGUAUGAUCAUUGAGGUCCUAAGACUUGGCCUAUACGAUCAUACUGGACUAUACGGACUCAGUUUGUUUUCACUUUUGACAAGAACACAGAGAUGUUAACAAGUUAAUGUAGUGUUGCAGCAUGCUGAUGAAGUAACCGCAGUUUCCUCUGUCUCAAACGGAAGACAGGAGCAGGUGCAUGCAAAAAAGCAGCAGUAAGAACGUGAGCCUCUAAAUGACAACCAAAACUGCAAUGGGAGCAGUUUCCUGAAGUUGUACUGGGGGAACCGAAGACUCCAAGGGACAGAACGACAAGAAAUCAAGGAGAGGAUCCCAGACGACUCCUCUCAUCUAGACCACAAAACAGAGAAUCAUCAGGAGCAUCGCUGAAAUGCUUUCCAAUAUAGGAUUUGUUUCUGUGCAAGAAACUACUGAGAGGGCUGUAAUUUUUUCCACUGUGUCACUGCUUUUUACACACAGCUGCAGACAAACUUUCUUCCAGAUUGCAGUCUAAAAGACGGUUGCUUGGAAUUGCUUAAAUAUCAAGUUUCCUCUUCUGCUCUCUUUUUGGGAUUUGGCACUUGACAGCAGGUCAUUAACUUUGUUUAUUCUCAGACAAUGGACUUGUCCAUGCUCCCUACUCCAGUGAGUGAGUACGAAAAGCAGAGGACAGGAGCACGCUUCACUGUCCGCUCAGCAAACUCUCCCUCUUACAGUCUAACUUGCGGGCCAGGUGUUAGGAAACCCAGAUGUUUUUUGAAGGAGAGGGAGACCACUGAGGAACUCGGUAAAAAAGAGAGAUAUGGUACACACACGGGCACAAAUGGUACAAACAAGGAGGAUCGCCCAGUCACUGGUUAUCACAGCAGGAAUGGGAGUCAAAGCAGUGUCAAAGGUCAAUAUGAGGAGAAGGAAACGUCAGGCAAUAAAAUGUCUACCAAGUUGAACCAGAAUGGCACAGCAGACAAAACUACUACAGAGUUUGGCACUGACAGAAGUAGAAACUGUAACCCUGCAUUUGAAAAACAAGACAGGACAGACUGGAGGAGAUACAACCUGUUAAGUAGAAGUAAGAGUUUAGAUUGGAGGACAGGGGUAUCAAGCCCUGGUCGGGGCAAAAUUUCGGACACGUUUAUGUUGUCAACCAAACGAGGCUUGGAUGAAAGAAAGACUGGAGUUGAAGGCGUGAGGACCAGCGUGAUGUCUUCAGUACAGGCCUAUAACUCUGAGGGAACAAGUAAUGUUCGAGAGAGAAGCCCAGUGAAGGACACGAGUAAGACUUUGGAUGUGGCCAGUAAGGGUCAUUCUCUCCCCACUAGGUUGAGGUCCCUGUCUGGACCUGGCUCUGGUGUCAGAGGAACAUCUACUUUGUUUGGGCCUAAAGGAGGUCAGAGUAUAAUGGAACGGAUUGAGAGACUCUACAGUUCGGCUGGUUAUGGUAAACUGGAGGAUUGCAGCAAAAUUAACAACUUCUCUACCCCUGUGGUGUCCCAUUACCAAGAAACAACCCCAGAUAUCCUCACCUCGUCACAGCAGAGCUCAUAUGACAGGGCAUCUGAAGAAACCCUCCCCAGGCAUUUCUUAUCAGGGGAGAAAAGUAGCCACAUGCCAGUGCAAAGCAAGAAGUCCUUUACCUGCACACAAAAAGUCUCUUCUAAAACUUUGCUCUCCCCAGAGACAAGCAGGACCAGGGAGAGAUUCUCAGGGUGUCAGUGGCAGGGAAAGAUCCAAGGCAGGUGUUCAGAAGAAGAGGGGGUUAACUGUGUUAGAGGGUCAGAGGAAAUGGGCACUAGAUCUCUGGAUAGAGCAUGGAGCAGGUCCUCUGUAGCAGCUAAGCUACGAUCUGCAAGGGCUUCAAAAGGAAUUAAUGCACCUCCACUGUCAAACACUUUCUUAGAAGAAGAGAGAUCAGUUUCUUUGAGUAAUUUGUCUGGUUUAAGAGAGAGAAGGGCAAAUGGCACCCCGGGUGGGAUGAAGGGCGAGACAAAUGGAAUAACAGGGAAGUUGAGAGAAAUAACUGGGUGGCUUGAAGAAGAAGAGAUAGAUGUUGGAGCAAAAGAAAAUAACAUAUUAAACAAUAGCAGCAGUGAUGAAGAUGUCUUUGAGUCCAAGAUACAGAAAAUCACAAUGAAACCAGUAGAGAAGAAGGGGUUGCCGACCGCCUCUGCAGCCAGUGUGAGAAAUAAGAUCAACCAGUUUGAGGCUCUCACACAGAGAGUCCAGGGUUUGGCUACAGGACAGGUCCUGGUGCCGAGACGGGCCUUUUCUGUGCCAACACAACUCAGUUGUGCUCAUGGCGGAGUGAAAAAGAGCGGGUCGGCAAAAGCGAUAGAUGGAUUGAGAUACAAGUGGGAGGGAUUAAAAGAGAGAGAGGAGGCAGGUAAUGAAACCGAGGAGACAUUUACAGGAGCAAGAAAGGAGAUGGUGUCACAAAGGUCUUUGUCGGUGGACGAGGUUGGACUAAGAUUAGGAAGGAAAGCGAGAGAAGGAAAUGUUAUGGUUGAGAAUGAAGAGAAAGGAACGUAUAGCAGUAACAACUGUGCUGAAGAUUUUGGUAAAUAUUCCAGACUCAAAAGUACACUACAAAUCCCGCUAUAUGGAGGAGCUCAAACACAACGCAGAAAAUUUCACAUAGACGAGACAGAUUUCUACAAAAUCUCUAGCCCUGAGGAGGCAAACGAGAGACCGCAACCCUCACUGCUGUUUGACUCAUGUGACACUUCCGCUGGUGUGCACAAAACAACAUCCACUAGAGUUGUUUCACCUGUUAGUGAUGAAGACAAGACUCCAACAAACUCUUCAAACCACUCACCCUUUCUUUCACCAACCACAGCAAACAUCAUUCCCUUUGCAGAAAGUGGAAAUGAAAGCACUUCUGUCCUCACACAAGCAGCCAAAGCUUCCGGACAAAAUUCCCCUCGUCCCCUUGCUACCUCGUCCCACAGCAACUUCUUCAACCUCAUCUCUCCAGAUGUCGAUACAGCUGCUCCACAUGGGAACAAACAGGUGUUGGAUGCUUGGGUAGCUGGCUGGAACCCAGAUAUUAAGGGUUGGAAUGAUGAUGAAGAUGACUAUGACGAGGAGGAUGAUGAUGAAAGUACACAGAGGGAUGAGGAUUCAAACUAUGAUUCAGAUUCUGGAGAGUCCUCGGUGACCAUCACUAGUAACAUGAGCCAGUCUGAUCACAAGAGCUUUUGCGUCCGUCUUUCAGAUCUGUGCAACUUUGCUGGAGUUGAGAAUGAAUCUGAGGAUGACAGCAAUGACUGGCAAUAUACAAGCCAACGGACAGCCUCGCUGAGCUCCGACAUGUCUGCUCUGUCCUGUGUGUCAGUGAUGCCCAGCGAGGAGCUGGACAGGCUGCUGGAGGAUGUCAGGAGUGUUGGGGACAGCACUUUGCAGGACUAUGACGAUGUGCAGGUGGUGGUUCUUCAUAAGGACAUAGGAGUGGGACUGGGCUUCAGUGUGGCAGGAGGCGUUGAUCAGAACAAGCCAGUCACUGUUCACAAGGUGUUUCACUCCGGUGUUGCAGCCCAGGAAGGCUCCAUAAGGGAAGGGGACCAGGUCUUGUCAAUCAACGGCACGUCACUGGGCAGCUACGCCCACUGGGAGGCCCUGAAGGUCCUGAGGAGAACAAAGACUCGGGAGAUGGGCGUGGUGGUCUUGAGGAGGGGGGAGAAUAGCGGUGUCUGUAAGAGGGGAGCGCAGAGAAAUAAUCAGGGACCAACACAGACUCAGUUCACUGAGACCGGUCAGCUUCUGUGUGUGCGUCUGGAGAAGAACAGCAGGGAUCUGGGCUUCAGCCUGGAGGGAGGUGUAGACUCCAAUCUGGGGAACAGACCACUUACUGUGCAGAAGAUCUUUCAGGGAGGUCCUGUGGACAAGGUGUGUCCUGGUGAUGAGGUCGAAGAGAUUGACGGUAUGAGUGUGGUGGGGAUGAGACGCCUGGAGGUCUGGUCUCUGAUCAGAAAACUGCCCUCUGGACCUGUGGACCUGGUGCUUCGUCGCCAUCCUAAACAUCUGGAAACAUGAGGAUUGUUGAGGUGCUUUGCGCACAGUAAAGUUCAGUGACUGAUGAAGAAACUAAAAGCCAUCAAUUGCCUGCAGUGGCUUAGAACUUGACAUGGAUUAAAGGAGCUGGGCAUAUAAUGCCAUUAAAACAAUUCAACAAUUUGUAGUCAUUAUAACAAUUCCCUAAAUGAAAUAUAUUCUUGGAGAACAGGUCAAAGGUGUGUAUUUUUCUAUCUUUAGCUACAGGAUUCCUUCUACCUCAAGGACCGGUAAGUUUUUGUACUGGCCAUAUUAAUGUUUAAUGUGCGCUGAGGUUCAUUUAUCAAGUUGACCAACCUUUAAAACGGAUACUUCGGGCAGCUAAAAGCUAGUCCUGUGGCGCCUGUGAAUAAAAACACAUGUUGUAAUAUAUUGUAAAUAGAAGCUAAGUGCAUUUAGCAUUUAUACUGCUUUUUAAUAAAUCCUCACUUAAAGUGA